AAAAGUGUAUAAAUUCAGGUUGCCAUAGGAACUUGGUGAUCAGUUUCCAUAGAGAUUCGUUACCAUGAAGCACUUCCUCGUCCUCUUAACUCUUACUCUUGCCACGGCCUGGCCCCACCCCCGGUCACACCCCCUCCUGGACUCCCGCGAGGAGACCACACCCCCUGAAAUUCCCGGCUAUGAACUCGUCGAAUUAAUCCGCACCCCACGUGGGUUGAGAAUUCCUGGGGAAUCGAGAUUCCAGGAACCAAGGCAACGGAUUAAAAAUAAUCGCCAUGACCGCCCCCCCACGGUAAUUUAUUCCCCCCAAGGACCACCCCCACCACCUCAACAAUACGACCCCAUGGUCCCCUCUGCAUCCUCAUUUAAAGAACCAAUCACAGCGGAAACAGGACACGGUGGCCAUGGUCACGGUCACGAUUACGUCGAUUAUGGAGCGUACACGGGGGGUUGGGGGGCUUUUGGGUGGUACUCGGAUCACCCAGUGGGUGGGGGGUGGGGGCAUUAAUUAAUUGUUAUUAUU